UUCAACAAGGUUCGGCGCGAGUGAAAGUGAUGAGUUGGGUGAUUUCCGCAUAACUGCAAUUAGAAACGCUUUAUGAAUCUGGACUGUGGCCACUGUCGACAUGUGUCUACCCGUUAUAAUCGGUGCUGUUUUUGGGACCAUCGUUCUUUCACCAACGACUGCAACUUCGCUGGAACGCCAGAAUGUGAUCUGUAUUCUGGCGCCAAAUGAAGCCGACAAAAGUGCUACCGAUGGUGCUCACGGGCAGUUAUCCCAUGGACAACCUUUGUCCAUUUCAUCUCAUCAAACGUCCAGCUCUGCAAUAACCGGUCUAGAUAAUGAUCAUGAUUUGGCAACCCCCAGAUCCUCGGCAACAACAGUUCCUCCGGUAAAACUGCAAUCCGCUGCCAUAGACAAAAUGUCUGACCGAAAACGGAGAAGGAAAACCCAUAAAAAGAAUGCCCUUUCGUUGGAGCGACGUUUAGAGACAAGUCAGACUACCAACGCGCCGUUGCCAACAACUGAACAAUUUUCCGCAGCGGAGAUGACCACACUAACAUUGGCACGUCAAGAAGAAUCAGACAGCAGCCGUUUGAGCACAACAUUCUUCGGAAGAGCAAACAGUCGGAUGUCACAAAAACAGUCACUUCUAACACGCUCGAGGUGCAUUCGAACGAACCAAAGAUGCACUCAAAACAAAACGGUAUUUUUAAAUGGGAUCCCGUUGCUGUAUCCCGUGAUCGAUUAAGUAAAGCGCGAAAAGCACAAGAAAGUUCCCUGGACCAAUUGGAUGGGAAAGUCACGAUGUCCACCAUUCCCAGAUUCGGCAACAUGGUGCCGUCAACUACAGAACCAUCAAAAAAGAUUGUUUCGGACGAACUAGUGCGGGUAAUGAUCAGCUACUGUGGCGAAGCAAUGCCGAUUCAAGCUUUGUUGAGACACGCGAUCGGUUUAACCGUGAAUUUGCUGUCGAAUCCGCUGCAAAAGAUAAAAAUGCAAACUCUGCAGCGAUGCCAAAAAAGACCACCGCUAGUCAUGCUGUUCCUGGCGCAAUUUUGGUAUCCACAGAGCAUGACCCAACGCAGGACUUUGCCCAACGUUUUAACAUCACUUGGUCCGAGCAGAAUGACAAGAACCAUCAAGGCAACGUCUGGGAGGAACUGGAGAAACUGCGAGGGAAAGCGGCUCUGUCCGCCGGCGAGAUCCAGGAGAUACUGGCGCGAUCGGUUCCUGGAGUGGAUUACCCGACGUAUACGUGGAUUCCCAAUACGAAGUUCAGCUGUAACAAUGUGAAUCAGCCCGGGUUCUACGCCGACCCGGAAGCGCGCUGCCAAGUGAUACGACGGUGUGAUUAUAACGGAAAUAAGUGGAAUUACUUGUGUCCAAACGCCACACUUUUCAAUCAGAUAACGUUAGUGUGCGAUUGGUACUUCAACAUUGAUUGCUCCAAAGCCGUUCAGUAUUAUGACUACUCCAACUCGCGCUUGUACCAUUCCGAUUGGGUCUUGUUGGAUUCCGUGGCGGAGGCCAGUCUAGCCGGAUAAUACAAAUUUAUUGUGUAUUUUUAAGAGGAUAUUGCAUAAUACGAGUAUUGUCUUCAAACGUUAUGCGCCUCUGUCAGAUUUGUGUUGUUCUGUUUUGUUUGUGUCUGGUACACAAAGCAUGUUAC